GGCGACCGCCAGAGGACGCCCGCCUCGCUGCCCAGCUUGUGCACGGACUUCCAAACAAGCCCACGACGGCGACGCCUCGGCGUGCGUGCGCGCGUGUUUAUUGUGGGUGCGUGUGCCGCGGCGGAAUGAGAGGCAUGUAGCUGCGACGAUGGCGGCUGUCCGCGUGUGUCGUGUGCUCGUCUGGGCCUGCGUGUGCGCGCUCUGGGAGGCCAAAUCUGUGCCCGAGCAAUUUGAGGUCCAAAUCAAAGUUCAGGUGUUGGACAACAGUGAUCUGUCGCCCCUGGCCGACGCGUUGGUGGAGGUCCACGCCAAUCACAGUGUCCUGGCUUCCUCUCAGGCGGGUGGCGACGGCGUGCUGAGGGUCAGCUUCCUGUACCAGGCGGGAACAUGGGUCAUUAUCAGCGCCUCCAAAGCAAACUACGUCACCAACUCAGUGCCCUGGUACUCGGGCCGGGUCCCCCUCUACGCCUCGGUCAGCUUGUACCUGCUGGCACAGCGGCCUGGAACGCUCAUUCUCUACGACGACGUCCUGCAGGUUCUGUCGGGCUCACCAGCAGGUGGCGCCAAGCAGCCGCUGGUGCAGCUUCAGAGGAAGUCACUGCAGCUGCCACCCAACUCCAAUGACACAACGCUGUCGGCCUUGCUGACCACCGCCAGGAGUCACUUCGAAGUCGGCGGGUUCCCGUUCCUGCUGGGCCGAGAGACCAACAGCUCAGGUGCAGAAGCGGGUUGGACAGAUCUGACACCCCUGGCCGUCUUCAGUGUUCAGCUCUUCGACAAAGAUGGCGUUCCAGUCCAGGUGUCGGAUUCUAUCCACGUCUCUGUGCCGCUUCCGGCUGACACUCGGAACAGGAUGGCCACCAGCGUUCCCACCUGGAUGUAUCAACCUAGAGCAGGACUGUGGGUGCGCAACGGGACGGGGUACAUCCAGAAGGACGGCACUCGGUAUGUGUGGAACGUUGUGGUUCCUCAGAUGGGAUACUGGCUAGCAGCCUUCCCCACCUCAUCAGGUCUUGGGCUGAGCCACCCAGGUCUGCGGGACAUCAGCACCUACCAUACAUUGUUCCUGCUCGCCAUCCUGGGUUCGUUAGCGCUGCUGGUGCUCAUUCUGCUCUGCGUGCUGCUCUACUACUGCAGACGGAGGUGUUUGAAACCACGCCGACAGCACGGGAAGCACAUCCCCUCCAAUGUGAACGGUGCCAAGAGGGACCAAGGCACAUCCACUUCACGUCUCAAUCUCAUAUGUGGUGGUCACGUGGAGUCCGGCCCAUCUAACGACAAGUCAGACCUGUCCGCCUCCCGGGAGGACUUGACCAAGCAUGUUCCAGCUCACAUGUUGCGACAUGCCAAGGGAAAAAACGCUUCCGCUUCCCAGCGUUGCGAAAGCUUCCCCAUGAAGGUCACCCGAGCCACAGACACCAACAAUCUGGACAACCCACUGCUGCAUGAAGACUACAACCGCAGCUAUGGUCCGAUGGAAGGCGGCGAGUCCGACUACCACCAACACCACAGUGCCAACGACAAUCGCGGAUACUCCUCCGACCCACCGUCACCGCCGCGCUUCCAAGGUUACGUGCCAAGCCAGCCUGACAAACCUCCAGAAUACUCUGCAGCAGCGGCUGACAGCCUUGCCCGACCCACCUCGCUCAACACCCAACCGGGUCAGAUCAUCUUCUGCAGCUCCAUUGACCAGAUGAAGGAGAACAUGUACCGCAGCAUGGUGCCAACUCUGGUCAUCCCUGCCCACUACAUGCGCCUGCCCUCCGAGUUUGCCGCCAAGGACGGCAAGGAGCAGAAGGAAGCGGACAAAGAUGGCGUCCAGAUGGGAGGAGGCCAACCACACCAUCAAGUCCAGAAGCAAGGCCAGCAGCAGCAGAGCACCUCGCAUGGCGACAACUCGGACGAGCCGAGCUGGGCGUCUGACACGUCAGGAGGACCCGUGACAAUCCCAGUGCUCUUCAACGACUCUACCAUGGCCCAGAUGAAUGGAGAACUGCAGGCCCUGACUGAGAAGAAGCUUCUGGAGCUGGGCGUGAAGCAGCACCCGAGGGCGUGGUUUAUCUCCUUGGAUGGACGCGCCAACGCACACGUACGGCACUCCUACAUUGACGCUGGUAACGACCUCAGCGGGGGUGGAUUUGGAGGCGGGUCCAGCAGCUGUCCGAGAGAUGUCAACCUGGAACCGCCGUUGGAGGCUCACGAGCACAAGUCCAGCAUCAACCGGAAGGGAAAAGACGAGCGCUGGGAGAUGGGGCGGAAGGGACAAGGGACCGGCAAGAGUUAUUCCAAGUUGGCCUACCCCGACCACAGCGACCCCAGCAGCAGUGAGGGACGCCCGGUGUCCCCCGAAGAGAAUUCCCUCACCCCUCUUCUGGACGAUGGGCCGUCUUCUCGAGGAUCCAUGAUUCCCAGGAAAGGGCGCAGUCGCGGCAACAGCAGCCGAAGCAGCAACAGCGAGACCUGCCGGGACUCCAUGACCAGUCCUGAAGACGACCCGGAUGACAAGGAGGAGAACAAGAAGAGUCCUUGGCAGAAGAUUGAAGACAGGCCUCUCAUGGUGUUCCAUCCGAGGAAGUAAGGAGCCUUCCCUGGCUCAAAAAGCACAACAGCACACCGCUUCUCUGCACUUUGACCUCUCAGUUCCCGCUGGUUACCACUGUGACAGCGAAAGCCGUCAGCUGUCACAUCUGAGCCUUGACUGAAACUUUUCCUUCUGAGGUCCCGUGAAGGAAACAUUUAGCUUUUUCUGCUGCGUUGUCUUGUGAUACCACCGUGGUCCUCCAGAGAGUGGAGGACUUUGAGAGUAAAGGUGUGCGUUAGAUAGUUUGUCACCUGUUUCCAAGGUUGCAUGUCAAUGAACCAACCACACCACCGCGACCGCCCCCGUUGGCCCCACCCCCGGCCCCCACUGGGCGUGUUUACUUGAAUCCUUGUUCCUCUCCUCCAAGUGCCUUCUCUCCAGGAGGGCCUGCUUGGCAUGGAGGUUUCCUACCAGGCCUGGUCUAGCGCCGCCUGCUGGUCCACACUGAGCACACGGCUUCUUCCCGUUUGGAUUGCUCAUCAUCUUCUUUGUCCGCCAUGUGCAUGCGUUGAUGUUUCUGUAAAAAACGUUACCUUCUUCCGGUCGUCAAUGUUUACACUAACAUGAUUCUUUUUCAUUUCAAAGUAAAAGCUUUUGCAAAGUGUAGUGUUGUUUGCUGCGUUUAGGACUUUCCACACCGCGGGAGGAUUAUGAUGGUCAAGUUGUGAGCCUUCAUCCACUUGUAAAUUCUUUAUGUACAAAUAAAUGUGUUCCC